GAGGAGCAUCCUAAGAGGCUCCCGACUUGCAAUGAAUGGGACGCAAGUAUGCCGCCUCAAACAAGUUAACAGACACCAUCAGCGGCUCUUUGCCCUUAAUAAAACACGACGGGACUAUGAAUCUGGAUAAACCCUUUGAGACACCUGAGGAAUCCACAAAGAGAAAGACAUUUUGAGGGAACUGGGAAAAGUGUCAGUGGAUUUUCAUCUUUCUUCAUUUAAUUCUUCAACUCCGAGGAUGCCGGUUUUGAAAAGGGAAGAAGCAAGAGACCAGGGAGAUGCAAGUGGCCUUCCGAAGCUCCCGGUGCCCCCUUUGCAGCAAACACUGGACACGUACCUGAAAUGCAUGAGUCACCUCAUACCAGAGGAGCAGUUCCAUAAGACCAAGGCUAUUGUAGAGAAAUUUGGAGCACCUGGUGGGAUUGGACAAUUUCUACAGAAAAAGCUGAUGGAGAGAAGUGAUCAUAAGGCUAAUUGGGUGUAUGACUACUGGCUCGAAGACAUGUAUUUGAGCAACAGAUUAGCACUACCUGUCAACUCCAGUCCUGUUAUGGUCUUUCCUAAGCAGAACUUCAAGGGUCAAAGUGACGUCCUCAGAUUUGCAGCCCAUCUCAUUUCUGGCGUAUUAGAGUAUAAAUCUCUAAUUGACGGACGUGCUCUCCCUGUAGAAUACGCUCGCGGGCAGCUGGCUGGGACGGCCCUGUGUAUGGAUCAGUACAACAAGGUCUUCACCUCCUACCGUUUGCCAGGGCCAAAAAGUGACACUUUAGUGGCUCAGAAGAGUAUGGUUAUGCCUGAGCCCGAACAUAUAAUAGUGGCUUGUAAGAAUCAGUUUUUUGUUCUUGACGUGGUGAUAAACUUUCGUCGACUGAAUGAAAAAGACCUUUACACCCAGCUGGAGCGAAUCAGAAAGAUGGCAGACACCGAAGAGGAGCGUCUGCCUCCUAUCGGUCUGCUCACAUCAGAUGGCAGAACGCAGUGGGCUGAGGCUCGCAGCGUACUGAUCAAAGACUCUACCAACAGGGACUCUCUAGACGUGAUUGAACGCUGUCUGUGUCUGGUGUGUUUGGAUGAGCCCUCCGGCAUUGAACUGACUGAUACCAACCGAGCUUCGCUGAUGCUCCACGGAGGGGGCCCAGACAAAAACGGGGGCAACCGGUGGUACGACAAGCCCAUGCAGUUUGUGAUAGGUGCAGAUGGAUGCUGCGGCGUUGUAUGUGAACACUCCCCUUUUGAGGGAAUAGUGCUCGUGCAUUGUACAGAGUAUCUACUGAGAUACAUGAGGGGAAGCCCUUCUAAGCUGGUGAGAGCGCCCAGCAUGAGUGAGCUUCCUGCCCCCAGAAGACUGCGCUGGAAGUGCUCACCAGACAUCCAAACGUUCCUCACGACCUCAGCAGAUAAAUUACAGAAACUUGCAAAAAAUCUGGACAUGAAUGUCAACAAAUUCACUGGAUAUGGCAAAGAGUUUAUCAAGAGACAGAAAAUGAGCCCUGAUGCUUACGUUCAAGUUGCCCUCCAGUUUGCAUUUUACAGAUGCCAUGGACGUCUCGUGCCCACUUAUGAAAGUGCAUCGAUACGCCGUUUUAAAGAGGGACGAGUUGACAACAUUCGCUCCUCCACACCUGAGGCCUUAGCAUUUGUGAAAGCUAUGGCCAAUAGCUCCAAAAUCACUGAUGCUGAGAAAAUGGAGAUGCUUAGGACUGCCAUUAAAGUCCAAACCAAUUACACAAUUCUAGCAAUCACUGGGAUGGCAAUAGACAAUCACUUGCUAGGGCUGCGAGAGAUUGCCAAGGAGCUCAAACUGGAAAAGCCAGAGCUGUUUUCUGAUGCAACCUAUGCCACCAGUAUCCAGUUCAUUCUCUCGACAAGCCAGGUUCCUACUACUGAGGAGAUGUUCUGCUGCUAUGGUCCUGUUGUCCCUAACGGCUAUGGAGCCUGCUACAAUCCUCAGAUGGACCACAUCAUCUUCUGCGUGUCAAGCUUCCGUGACAGUGCUGAGACCUGCUCAGAUUUGUUUGUGAAGACCCUUGAGGGAUGCCUGAAGGAAAUGCAAGAUCUGUGCCUAAAAUGCAACACUGAAGCUAAAGCAGCUGACUCCACAGAAAGGAGGGAGGGAACUCCCAAGGUAAUGAAGAACGGAAACAAAUCAUAGCCAGAAACUACUAUGUUUAAAUCUCAUGGAAGAUGCAGGAAGUAACCACUGUGACUGUGCAAAGAGUGAACAUUACGGAAGAAAAUUAUAGUCUUAAAAAUACUGCAAGAUUAAUUUGGUGUAUACUUUUGAUAUGCAAAAGAGUCAAAGCAGCCAUUUCCUGUAUAUUGCCAAAUAUUAUGACCAUCAGAAGUGGCAUAGAGAUUCUAAGGAGAUUGAAAAUAGUAACAAGUAGAUCAAAUAGUACACAAGGUGUUAGGCAUUAUUUGGCCUAUGAGAGUAUACAGAUAGAAACAAAUAGUAACAAGGUGUUAGGCAUUAUUUGGCCUAUGAGAGUAUACAGAUUCAAAAAGCAGAUUUACAGUAGCUCCUGCCUUCUAAAUAUAAACUAUAGCUGAGGUCGGUCUCUAAGAAUCCUGCCCAGUUUUAUAAGGGCAAGGUCACACUACAGGACUGAAUUGCUGUGCUCACUUACACUAAAAGGUUUCUUGUCAUCUGUCGUCGUUCUGACAUAGUAGUGCACAUAGUAUGAGGUGCACAAACUACGAGACAUUUUGUCAAGAGGCAGUCCACACAAAAUAAAUUCAUGGAGAAAUUUGCGCAAGUGAUUACGGGAAUUUCCUGUUUAUGCCAUCGGCACUGUGACUGGCUGGAUUAGUUCCAAUUAGUAAUUGCAUUUCACACACUCCAAGAUCACGUGCCGAUAACAUCAAAAUGGUUUGAAAAUAGUGUCUUGAUCACUUCGAGUUUAACAAACACAGAUUUGGCCGAGAUCCAGGGGUUUUGUCGCAUGAUUUGGAAAUCUGCUUGCGACAGCAAAUUCCAGCCAAAAGCCGUGUAGUGUGAGCUUCCCUUAAAAGUAUAUUAUAGUUGUCAAUAUUUCAAAGGCAGCAUAAAAGGGAUAGUCUACCCAAAAAUGAAAGUUCAGUAAUCAUUUACCCAUCCUCACAUUGUUCCUAAUCUGUAUUACUUUCCUUCUUUGUGGAACACAAAAAAAGAAUUUUUGAAGAAUGGCGCUUUUGCCCAAAACAACAUUGAACAGUCUGGAAUUUUUAAAGUAGUUGCUUGACAUUCUCAAUGAUGCUGCCUUUGAGAUCAUGGACUGUUGGUCUGCUUGUUUAGUAAGCAUAUAUAAAUUGCUAGGGCCUAAAGCAGGUUUAAAAUAUAUACAAGUUUUUUAAUAAUCAUGUCAAAGUCACUUUAUGGUUAGUGAUGCCGUCAAGAUACAGAACUCUGAAUGGCGACUCUGUGGAAAAGGACCAGAAGCUGCUAUUUGACUUUAUCUUUGAGUCUCACAUACACAUUUCAAAGUUUGUUUAAAUUAUUUCACAUCAAAUAUCUAUCUGUUAAAAAAACAAACGUAUAUAGCAAAGUCUAUUUUGGGUCUGCAGUAUACAAACAAAAUGUCAGGACCAGGCAUUAUAGUAUAUAAUAUGUGGUAUUAUAGCUUUAAAGUGUGCUGUCUCAAUGGGCCAUAUAUUUUGAAAUGCAGUCUGAGCUCUAAAAAACAAGUCAGUGUGCAUAAAUGUUUAAAGAAUAUCAUCCAUUGCGAAGAAUGAACAUUGUAAUAUGAUUCUAAUAUGUGGGGUGUCUUGAUUUCCAAUGCAAUAAUAGUUACAGGGAUUUUUGAUUUCCAAUGCAAUAGCAGGAACGAAUGGUUUAUUACAGUGAAAAAAAGCUUCUUUUUUAAGUACAAUCAUUGUAUAUGUGCUUAUGUUAAGUCUGAAAAUGACAUUGACAGAUGUUGCACAGUUGGUCUAUACAGUAUAUGUAAAAAAAGGAACAAUAUUUGAUGUUUGUCUAAUGUACACAGAUUAAGUGAAAAGUGAAAAUAUGUUUUAUAUUGUGAAAUUCCAUUUUUAAAUGUGCGUAAUUUGUAUAUCCUAUGUGUUGAACCAGUCAUGAUAGUAAAUGUAAAGUAGAUAUAAAAAUACUAAAACAAAACUAAAACUUAUGCCUUGAGAAAUGUAUUUUGGCACUUUAUAACUAGAUCAAAUAUGUACUGUAGUAAAAUAGCUACGCUGAAAUUAACUAAUAAACCACUCAAUCAUGUUAUACUAGAUUAUAUAGAGAAUACUUAUACCUCAUAUAUAGAGAAAUUGUAGCCUUAGUAUCAUUAAUAAAAUAUGUUAGUUGCACAUCUUGACCUUAUGUUGAGCAUGAAUACAUGAGGAUGAGGAAACAUGAGGAAUACCGUGGGGAAAUAUGUGAAAGUGAAGAUGUAAUGUAACAGAAUGUAUUUUGUUAAACUGGUGGUGGAGUGCUUAAACUGUGAUAUUCUUUAACUCUGGGAUAUUUAUUUUUCUAUGUUAGAGUUCUAAAAAAGACAAAUGGUAUAUUUAUCAAUAUCACUGUAUUCUAAUGAUGCUAUAAAAUAUACUAAUCAAAACCAA